GUUGGGGGCCUAACCAUAUCAGGGUACGCUAGAACUAUUAAUAGGUUGCACUUGCUCAAUGCUAUGUCAGCAUAAAGAGCUUGGCUCUAUUUCGGGAUCUCUUCAGCGAAGAUCUUCCCCGGAUCAGGUGAUUCCAUAAUAGGUACAUUGUGCAAUAUGAAGCGCACACUCUCUAUUAUUAGUAAUUGACUUGUGGGUGCACAGAAGGAUUGACGUGGAGGCAACAAUGAAUGCUCUUAUAAGAAGAGACGAUGGUUAGGUAAUAUUACCUACCAUCUGACGAAGAGUUGUGGCUGCGUUAGGACGACGCAGCCUUCAGACUGACGAUAUCCUUGUUAUAAGGGUAUUUGUGAUGAAUAUCGGCAAAAUUUAGCCGCUUAUUGCAGCUUACGACUUCUCUGUUAACUGCCUACCUAGGCAGACAGACUUCAUGAAGAUCAGCACUCAGAAUCGGACACAGUGGCGAGUUGAACCUCUCAUAAAGGGUGACGCCGGUAGCUCUGUGAGAGAUAGUUCUAAUUUGCAAUCUAUGUCGCUCAUAUUCUAGGCAGAAAAGACCAAAUAGAACGUGGGUUAGCUCGUACCUUGCACAGCGACAAUGGGUGAAGAAGAAGCCGCUAAGGUGUCGCCGGUAGCCUGGGGGCAGCACCUCUACCUCCAGACGAGGCUGAAGGAAAAGAACGGCCGCAUUCGUCUGCUCACGAUCCAGCCGCACCAAUACACCGUGUCGAGACCAGAAGUCACAUCCGACUCGAUUCAUUGUUUCUUGAGGCUCGCGGAUCUGAAGCAGCGCCCACAGUUCACCGUCGUCUCUCAUCGCUGGCACCCCACAGACGCGGCAGAUGAGACGAAGUCGCUUUUCGUGAACGGCGCCCCCGUGCCCGCUUCCACGGGCUUAUUCGAGGUCCUGCAUCAACUGCAGCGGGAGACGGAGCCCGUCGUCGUCUGGAUCGACGCGCUCUGCAUCAACCACGCAGACGAGGACGAGAGGGAGAAAUCCGUGCAGGUCUCCCAAUUAGCGCAGAUCUAUUCCGCCGCGGAAAAGACAUUUGUGUAUCUGGGCGCGACGAGCGAUAGAAGCGACGAGGCGAUGAAAGUCCUGAGACGCCUUGCCGACGAACAGCUCACGCUCAAUGCGUUCAUAGCGAAUUGGACGCCUCAGUUGGGACACCAGCUCGUGCAGAAGAUGCUGCCGGCAAGAUUCGUGCAUUCUAGCGCGGCUGAGAAUAAAGAGCCGCUGGAGUUGCAGCAGGAGCUGGAUUCGCUUCGCGCACCGCUCAAGGCUCUCAUGGAACGCGACUAUUGGACGGAUCUGUGGUCUCUUGUUGAGCUGUGCUUGUCGCAUAGGGGUCUUGUCGUCUGUGGCAAACAUGCUCUGCCCCUUGAUCAUUUCUACUCCGCUGCGCGGGCUUUGGAUCAUAUUAUUAAUCAUCUGACGUACUCGAAAUGGCUCGCGGCGGCCAUGAACCCUGCUACGUCGAGCGCGCAGAGCACCGUGCUAAGCGGUGAGGAAGUGUCGAAUAUUUCGCAGUCCCCUGCGUUGCGCAUCCUUGGGAGACGCGAUGAGUAUAGAAGGGACGCAGACUCGUGGCUGAAGGCGCUAGAUAGUCCCCUUUUCACGCUCCUCAGCCGCUUCUACGCGGAAACUCAGCUGCCUUUACGCGUCAGCGAUCCGCGCGACAGGGUCUAUGCGCUGGCGUGUCUGGCUACGGAUAUCAGUGAGCUCGGGCUCAACGUAGAUUACCACAAGGACGUCGACGCGGUAUACGCCGAGACCUCGGCGGCGUUUCUCCAGAAGCAUCCGCGCGUCCUCCAGCUCGCGCGGGGUACACUCUCCGCAGGAGAUAAUCUAACGUCAUGGGCGAUAGAUUGGGGGAACAUGCGGCCGCCACCGCCUUCGACGUUGUCAUCUUCAGAGCGACCGUUUAAUGCCUGCGGACCAGCUGAUUCGCGAUUCUACCGCGCCGAACUCAGCGCGUCGAACCAGAUCACCUUGAAAGCGGCCGUUGUGGAUAAAGUGCAGGAGAUUGGGACGCCGUACCAAGUAGCAACAGAAUCAGAAUCAGAAUCCGAAACAAAAGCAAAAGAAGACGCAAGUAAAGAUGAAGUUGGAGAUGGCGAUAAAGACGAGAAAGAGCGACAGCGCACAUAUCUCUCGGAAAUCAAGCAAUUCUGGGAAGAAUCAACAGCAUCCCUCAACUCGCCGUACUUCGCAGAGCAAGCCGCCGUCGCGCUGGCGAAGAUCCCCGUCGGCGACAUCGAGGUUAAUCCUGCGUCGGGCGCGCUUGUCCGGGCGUCGACGCUGGCGGUGGAGGGGUAUAAACGGACUUAUGAGGCGCUGUUCCCAGCCGAGACUGAAAGUAUCGAGGAUGAUGCGCGGGAGAUGGAUAAGGGGAUAGAGGAGGAAGUGAGAGAGGGGGUGGAGAAAUUGAGCCUUACCCCGAGUAUACCUUACACUAUGGCCAUGGCCCGUAUGGUUGGGCGACGACCGUUUAGGUCGAAUAAUGGGUAUGUAGGUCUCGGACCGACGGAUCUUGCUGUUGCGGAUACGAUUGCUAUUCCGUAUGGUUCUUGUGUGCCGUUUGCGUUUCGACGGGUUGGGGGUGAGGGAGAGGGCGAAGAUGUCGUGUAUAGGUUGGUGGGCGAGGUAUAUGUUUUUGGGAUCAUGGAUGGGGAGUUUAUGAAGGUGCAUAGACAGGAGAGUGUGUUGAGGGUUGUGUAGGUGUGUGUAUCUUGCCAGGUCUAGAGAUAGGGGCAGGGAAAUGGUGCUUGUUGUGUAUAUAGAUAGACAGAGAGCGAGAGCCUACAUUAUCUUUCUUGACAUUGGGGUUGGUAUCGCUAUGACGAGGUGAUGAUGAGAGGCAUUGAUCACUUCCUUGUUUGAGAGAUAGAAUAUACCCUUCCUUCUCACAUAUCUGAACUGAUGUCCGAG